UAUAUAUACAUAUACAUAUAUAAUGGGCAUUACCUGUAUAAUCAACUUCGACAACAAUCCCCAUGGCACCUACUUUGCGGGUCAAGUGGUGUCGGGCCAAAUUACCCUCAAACUAGACAAAAUCAAACUGGUUAAAGCUCUAACCCUAACCAUAAGUGGGUUUGCUGAGACAGAAUGGACAGAAUCGACUGGCACUGGCAAGGACGAAACCACCGAUACGUAUCGCGGCCGGGAGGACUAUAUAGCUUCCCAAACGUAUCUGGCGGGCUCCAGUCAAAGCACACAAGUCUCAAUUGAGCCGGGAGUGCAUGUCUACAACUUUAGCUGCCAAAUUCCGCCCACAUGCCCCUCCUCCAUCGAGGGACUCUACGGUCGAGUGCGCUACAUGAUUAAGGUGGCAAUGGUCAAGCCCUGGAAAUUUGAUCAGUCUUACACACGCUGCUUUACGGUGCUCAAGAUCAUGGACCUCAACUACGACAGUCCACUGCUACGAAUGCCCACCCAAAUGGAAACACAGAAGGUGUAUUGCUGCUGGCCCUGCACUUCGGCACCGAUGCAGCUGCAGAUGACUCUGCCGCAGACGGGCUACGUCUCUGGUCAGAUCAUACCUGUGGGCAUGCUGGUGACCAACGACAGCCACAUAGCCGUGGAGGCACUGCAGGUAAACCUCGCUAUGAUGGUCACCUACCACGCGACGCACAUGUCCCGGACGCACUCCCGCAACGAGCGCCUACUCGUGACCAAGCUGAUGGGCGAUCCCGUGCCGCAUCACUGCAAGAAGCAGUUCACCUAUUACCUGCGUGUGCCCGCCACGGCGCCCACGUGCUUCAAUCUCUGCAAGAUCAUCCAGAUCGCCUACCAGGUGGAGGUGGAGGCGCGCGUCAAGGGCUGCCAUCGCAACCAGGCCAUCAGCAUACCCAUCACCCUGGGCAGUGUGCCGCUGCUAGAGCAUCCACCCAUGCAACCACAGCCACGUGAUCUGGAUGGACUGCCACCACAAGAACUGGAUGCCAAAGCUUUGGGGCACUCGGCAGUUGUGCCACAGGCCAGUGCACCACCUGCUGAAUUCAAUGCGCCGUGGGCUAUCGAUGGCAGCAUUCCACCGCCCAACUACGAGGAAGCUAUUCAUAUGCGCACUCAGCCGGAUGGCGCCAACAAUAUACAGGCAACCGCACCACCGAACACCUUGAGCCUGGAUGAGCACGGUUUCGCGCCACUCUAUCCAAUAUUUAACAUACCAAGCCCCACAGGUCCCUCGGAUCCCAAAGGACCUCCAAAUACUGACGUGAAUGCCAACAAAGGCACUUGGCUGUGAGCAGAGCAGAGUAUAAAAGACAAACUAUACAGACUAAUAUUAUUAUUAUUUGAAAUAACUGUAAUUUCUGCUUAAUCUAGUCUGUAUUCACGUAAAACACGC